AUGGGCAAAGACCGGUAUUUUAUAGGCUUUCGGUCGACAGAGAGUCGCCGCCUUUUAGUUACCACUGGUUUUGUGGUCAAGGACGUUAGGGUUUUCCCCGUCCCGCUUGAUGAAGACAUCACUACUGUCUUCAUUAGGUUCCUUCCUCCCGAAAUGGACCUAAAGGCUGUUCGCCUGUUGAUGGGCCAAUUCGGAGCCGUAAAGACUGUGUCUAUGCAAAAGGUCCCGGGCCGCCCGCAUAUAGACACAGGAACGGUCAAGAUUUGUAUCGAGGUCAAGAAACCAAUCCCCAACAUCGUAUACUACGAGGGUGUGCCCCUGACCCUUGGAUACCGAGGUGUAGAGCGAAUCUGUCGACGCUGCCUCGAGCCAGGUCACGAGCAGAGGGACUGUAAGGCUAGCCUCUGCGAAAACUGCCAUAGCAGGUUUCAUGCUGCGAGGAAUUGUCCAAAGCCGUGCCGAGUCUGCACGGGGGACCAUAGCAUUCUGUCUUGUAGUGCAAAGGGCUCUGUUGAGGAAGCAGCUGCUUCCGACAACAUCGAGAUGGAGGUGUCCACGGAUGCCUCUGUCCCCGUCUCUUCUCCCGUCGACUUGCCGGAGGCCCAAGCUGCUCCAAUGGUUGUCGAAGAUACUGCCCCAGUCCCAGCUCCGCCUGUGGAAACUGGCAAUAGUAAUAAGGUAGAUGAUAAGAUAGAGGAAGACUGCUCUAAGCUAGAUAAUAGGGAGCGGUCAAUAAGUAGUGUUAGGACUAGAAGUAAGACUAGUCGUAAUCCCAAGGGGAGUAAAGGUGAAAGUAGUAGCGAUGAGUCCGCUGCUGCGGGAUCCGGAUCUGGGAGGGAAGGUAGGCCUAGUAAACGGGCCUGCCGCCAUAGACGUAAGAAUAGGAAGGCCAGGGCUGGCAAGUCCUCCGACCCAAGUACGGAGAAAUACUAACCCCCCAA